AGCGGCCCUAAUGGCUACCAGCACUGCCAGUAACUCCAACCGCAGCACGCCGGCCUGCUCCCCGAUCCUGCGCAAACGCUCCCGCUCCCCAACGCCUCAGGACUGCCAGGGCGACGCCAUGGUGGAGAAGGGCUCGGACCACUCGUCGGACAAAUCCCCCUCGACGCCCGAGCAGGGUGUCCAGCGGAGCUGCUCCUCUCAGUCGGGCCGCAGCGGGGCCAAGAACUCCAAGAAAAGCCAGAGUUGGUAUAAUGUGUUGAGUCCAACAUACAAACAACGGAACGAAGAUUUCAGGAAACUCUUCAAACAGCUUCCUGACACAGAACGUCUCAUUGUAGAUUACUCAUGUGCGCUUCAGAGAGACAUUCUCCUGCAGGGCCGCCUCUACCUCUCCGAAAACUGGAUCUGCUUUUACAGCAACAUCUUCCGCUGGGAAACGCUGCUGACAGUCCGCUUGAAGGAUAUCUGCUCGAUGACCAAGGAAAAAACAGCACGGCUCAUUCCUAAUGCCAUCCAAGUUUGCACUGACACUGAAAAGCACUUUUUUACUUCCUUUGGGGCCCGAGACAGGACGUACAUGAUGAUGUUCAGACUCUGGCAGAAUGCCCUCCUUGACAAGCCUCUGUGUCCAAAGGAGCUUUGGCACUUUGUCCACCAGUGUUACGGGAAUGAGCUGGGUCUGACCAGCGAUGAUGAAGACUAYGUGCCUCCUGACGAUGACUUCAACACAAUGGGCUACUGUGAAGAAAUCCCCGUGGAAGAGAAUGAAGUCAACGACAGCUCCUCAAAAAGCAGCAUGGAGGCCAAGCAGGAAGCCAGCCCCCAGCUGCCAAAGAAAUCUGUCACUGCCAGCACAUUGACAUCUACAGGAAGCAGUGAAGCACCUGCCUCAUUUGAUGGUGUACUACCAGAAGAGGAGGAGGCAGUGGUGGAGAGUCCUGUGGAGAAAGACCUGGCCAUUGCAAAUAUCAUGGGAGAGAAGAUAGAGAUCAUUGCCCCCGUGAACUCCCCUUCCUUGGACUUCAAUGACAAUGAAGACAUUCCCACUGAGCUCAGUGACUCGUCGGAGACCCAUGAUGAAGGGGAAGUCCAGGCCUUUUACGAGGAUCUCAAUGGCCGUCAGUAUGUGAACGAGGUGUUCAACUUCAGCGUGGACAAGCUAUACGACUUGCUCUUCACGGACUCCCAGUUCCAGAGGGACUUCAUGGAACAGCGCCGAUUCUCUGAUAUCAUCUUUCAUCCCUGGAAGAAGGAAGAAAACGGCAAUCAGACCAGAGUGAUCCUGUACACUAUCACCCUCACCAACCCUCUGGCCCCUAAAACUGCCACCGUCACUGAGACGCAGACAAUGUACAAAGCCAGCCAAGAAAGCGAGUGCUAUGUCAUAGAUGCAGAGGUGCUAACUCACGACGUUCCCUACCACGAUUAUUUCUACACCAUCAACCGCUACACGUUGACUCGUGUCGCCAGAAACAAAAGCCGACUCAGGGUUUCCACAGAGCUACGUUACAGGAAACAGCCUUGGGGGCUGGUGAAGUCCUUCAUUGAGAAGAAUUUCUGGAGCGGCCUAGAGGAUUAUUUCCGUCACUUGGAGAGCGAGUUGACCAAAACGGAGAGCACGUACUUGGCUGAGGUGCACAGACAAUCCCCCAAAGAGAAGGUGAGCAAGCAAUCAACCGUGCGCCGGAGGAAACGGGCCCAUGCCCACCUGCGGGUGCCACACCUGGAGGAGGUGCUGAGUCCCGUCACCACCCCCACGGAUGAGGAGGUUGCCCAUCGCAUCAAGCACGUGGCAGGUUCCACUCAGACACGGCACGUCCCCGAGGAGAGCCCCAGCGGUUUCCACCUGCAGAGCGUCUCCAAGCUGCUCCUGGUUAUCAGCUGCGUGAUCUGUUUCAGUCUAGUGUUGCUGGUGAUUCUUAAUAUGAUGCUGUUCUACAAACUCUGGAUGUUGGAAUACACCACCCAGACACUCACAGCGUGGCAGGGCUUGCGGCUCCAGGAGAGGUUACCCCAAUCCCAGACAGAAUGGGCCCAGUUGCUAGAAUCUCAGCAAAAGUAUCAUGACUCAGAGCUACAGAAGUGGCGUGAGAUCAUCAAGUCGUCGGUGAUGCUUCUAGACCAGAUGAAGGACUCGCUAAUAAACCUACAGAAUGGCAUCGGGUCCCGGGACUUCGGGUCAGAUCCAGAGGAGAAACGGAAACGUUUCCACUGACAGGCAGGAAUGCAGGAGGCCAGAGGACGGUGUGCAAUAUGUGUAUAUAGGAUAUAUAAAUAUAUAUAUAUAAAUAUAUAUAUAUACAGAAUAUAAAUAUAUAUAUUAUAUACAGAUUUUAAGAGAAAAAAAAGCCUAUGUAUCGAAAGGAAGGAUUGAGCUCCAACACUGGCUGAACUGGAGCGUCUCCGGGGUAGUGUGGGUGUGUGUGGCGGGGGGGCUGUGCUCCCCCAGCACUGAGGUGCACCCAGGGGCACACGCAGCGUGUUCCCAGGGGCUUGCACCACUCUUCUGUAUAUUCCUGGCUGUUUGUCUGUCUGUUUAGUUGUUGUUUGUUGCAAAGGGAAGCAUCAGAGUGAGUGCCCCUCCCCUCCGCCCAGCGCAUGAGGGUCCCCAAUUGGCUGUAUAAUGCCUACACGUGUAAAGGGGACACUGUCAAAUGUCUUACCUUGCUGAGUCCGGGGCAGAGAGGCAACUGCUGUCAAUCCCUCCCGGUACUGGUCAGCGUUUGGAGAGGAAGCUCGAGCUCUGCACACAGCAGGUCUCGCUGGCAAUCACUUCCCACACCCCUAGGAGCAGAAGUGCAGUUUGCUGCCACGCUGGCCUGCCUGGUCCAGAGAGCAAAGCACAGAAUGUAAAUGGAGCUGAAGUGCUUUUGCCAAACACUAAUUUGCUUCCUCCUGUUACUGAUACUCCAUUAAGAGCCAGGGAGAUGGUGGGGAAGUGGGGGGAUAUCUGCCCACAUGGUGGGUGCUCAGAUGCAGGAGGCUGCAGCACAGACAGCACGAUCCCUUUGACAGUGUCCCCUUUACCUUCUCUGUGGUUCUCUGUUUUCCACGUGCUUGAGUCCCUGCCAUUAAGUCAUCCCUGCGCUCAAAAUCUGUAUGGGUGCUGGGYGAGCUACCUAUGUGACUUCCCACUAUAGGGGAGUGCCCCAGGUUAAGAACAGAACCCAAACCAGAACUGACAUGCGAGGCCUCCUCCCUUCUGCUGAGCCAUGUGCUGCUUGCUGGGCUGGGAGGUGCCAGAGCUGAGUUGCUCCCCAGAACUGCUGCUGCUCCUCGGCGCAGCAGCCUUGGCCCUGGCCCGAGGACCCUGCCUCCUAGCCUUCCUCCCCGUAGAUACUUGGAUCAAUUACAGCCGUGGCAUCAGCACAGGAAAAGUUACGGGGAGCAGAAAAACAAAAGACUGUCCAUGGGUAUGGGACAGAUCUGAGCAAAUGCCCACAGUGUGAGGCAACUCCUGCCAGCUGGAUWCUGAAGCUUUGCCCUGUAAGCAGGUUAGGCCCUAGAGAUGCAUUAAAAAGGCAAAGGAAUUAAUAACUGUUUUCUCAUCUUACCCAGGCAGGUAGAUUAGCUGCUCUGUGAGGCCCACAGUCUCCACCUUGUUCAACGCCACGAUUUUUCCACACUGUAAACGGCAGGAAGGAAUGAGGUGUCCAUUGCCUGUUCCCAAACGGUGCAGUUCUAGCUCCUUUGUGGUCUUGAGUUCCCACGGGUGCUGAAAGAGCAGGAGACAGAGGGUAAGCGUGUCCCCCUAUCAUAGCCUCUCACAUGCACACCUGGGGGACAAUCCAGAGCAAGGAGAACCCUCAUGAGCCCCCAGUCACGCAGCCUGCUAGGGCUAACUCGGUUAUUCCUCCCAGUGUGCCCAAGCGCCAUGAUCAAAUGCUAUCCGCAGAAUGUCCUGGAGAAGACUCACAUUUGAAGGCAUGAAAAUAAAGGCAGGUGGCUGAGAAGAAAACCAGGAGUGGAAAAGUCCAGGUACAGUUAGCAAAAAGCAUGCCUGGGGAACUAGGGAGUUGUAACCUGUAUUUAUGACUAUUUAUUUAAUUUAAUGCUGCUGACUACUGUAAGACUCCCUGGCUUUCUCCAGUGAGGCUGCUGCAAAGGCUACUGUAUAUGAGACUGAGCUCCUAGCCCCUGGGAAGGACAUUCUGCUGCUGGUGCUGGGAUGGGUGGGUCCCAGCACCACCCCCUGUCACCUGCUCACUGCCUCAGAAAGAGGCCUGGCUCCCCAUUAUUCCCUUCCACAGUUGCUUGGCUUACAAAAAUCUUUUCCUGCCCACCUUCUUCUCUUCUAGAAAUUAAUUCAAAGCAGCAGCAUGUGUGAAUCUUGUUCCUCUGCAGCACUUUUCCACCUCACAGUCUUCCUUAGGUUCUGGACUCUCCCACUGACGCAGCUUCCCAGGACUUGGCCUUAGAGAGAGAAUUUCCCAAGUUCUGCCRAAUUGCAGGAGGCCGUGCACCUAAAGCAAUCCUAGGUAGGAACGUUACAUUGCACAUUACUCUAAAGUGGGUUUAUGUUGGACAGGUAGCCUAAUACACAGGUCACCAGGAUCAAGACUGCUGUUCAACAAACAGCGCCUUGCAGUACGCAGGGUCCUUCAGACUGAGCARGGCUUACCUUGUCUCAGACUCCUAGGUGAUGGGCUUGCUUUUUGCCACUUAGCAGCAGGCUUGGAGCUGGAAGGGAGUCAAAACCCUUUAUCACCUCUUAAAAGAAAGCUUUUUCUUUUCUUUUUCGGAAGCAAAACCCCACAAUGGCACUAGAGGUGAAGGCAUAACCAAAACCACAGCAAGGCUUUUGUCUGGAUGUCUUCUUCCAGAGUURAGAUAUAAAAUACCUCCUACUGCAGUUCAGUUCCCUUGGACAGAAUAAUUCCUUUUGCAUCCAUAGAAAAUUUUGUCCUGCACUUUCACAUUAAAUUUCCUGAGUGAAUGMGUGAUGCUUUCUAGGAACAAGGCCCAACAACCUGAGUGAGGUUGCAGGAGGGAGUAUUUCUGCACUCCCUAAGUGGUCACAGCCAAGUAGUAGCUUGGCUCUUACUGACAGGGUUUCACUUGCCUACUUGCCCUGCUGCUUUUACCUGUGCCAGCAAAGCCACGCGGCUGCUGGUUCAUGGCACCCCACAAACACGGUUCCCCUGCCAGGUCCUCCAUCCAAUCCUUCUGCCACUGGUCAUCUGCCAGGUGAGCAGAGCUAGGCUUUAAUUUGCAGAAAUUUAACAACUACAAAAUACAUGUUUUAGAAAGCCUUGCUCUAGCCAAAUUUAAUACAUACAGAUCAAUGCCAACAGUUGGUAGCCUAAUUCUUGCCAAAUACCAACCUACCUACUGGGAAAAGGGAGAGGAGAGAARGCAAAAGUUGUUGCCUGUUCUUUGCAUAUUUUACCUGCUUAUGCAGGAGGAAUAUGUACUCAUUAAUCCCAGCUUCAUACAAUCUCAUUUCCAGUACCUGUCUGCCUUCUACUGCUUACUUAGACGAGGUGUUUUGGAUAAUGUCAUCUGGGACAAGCUCAAAAUGCAUCUGAGACCUAGAAAACUGCUAGGCAUUAAUGCAUGUUAUAAAAUAGAUACCAAAUGUAUCUAGUGCAGGUAACUCUAGGGCAUGUGUGAACUCUAGCAAAGAUUAAAGGCUUAUGAUGCCUCAGGUGGCAAGAGGAGAUGGUGGCUGGUGUUUUCAAAUUGACAUUUUUUGGUGCAGGUGCUCAUGAUGAGACCUUUUGGCUAGACCCUGCAGAUAUUUCUGUACAGAUAGAAAGAUGCCAGGAAAGGCUGCAAAACAUGAAGGCAGAGCCAAGGGCUCGCUUGCAGACCUCUGUCUGGCUUGCAGCGUGUCAGAAACGUUAACCAGGAAGGAGGCUGUACCUGCAGKUUCAGGUGAACGUAGAGCUUCUGCGCUCUGUAGCACUCCCCUUCCUAGCUGCUCUUCCGUCUCAGAACUGCAUUUCCAUCACUUUCCAGUGAUCCAGAAGCUCCUGAACAGAAAGGAGACAGAGAGGGCAAUUUGCAGCUUUCAUGCCAUGCAGCACUAGGGAGAGCGUGGUGGAGAUAACCCCAAAGACCAGACCUGCUCUCGACAAAUAAGCUUCAAAAAAUAGAGGUUAGUGGCAGACAUUUCAGGGGACUGAACUCACUGCUGCCUGGUUAAUGGAUCUUUUUAUGAAAUGGGAAAACCUUUGUGACUCCUCAUCCUUAGGGUUUAUUCAUAGGGGCACAGUUAGCACAAAGGGAACACACAUAACUUAGUAUUUGGACAACCCACCUGUGAACACGGCUGCCCAAGUGCAGCUAGUCUGCAGCCUCCUGCCGUGCUCUAGGAAGGGCCCCGUGUCCCCACAUGGGCACUGUCACAGAGUGCAAAACAGGCUGAAUCCUGCCCUGCCAUCACCCUGCAGGUACUCACCUGCUCGGGAGAAUUUCUCUGUAAAAGGGCCUCAGUGUUUCCGUGAUUCCUCCUGCUCUGAGGAACGUAUUGAAUUGGCCAUUUUCCAUGUGACCGAGUGGUCUGUCAGUGUUCUUCCUCCCAGCCAGGACAGCAGCAGACUGUUUACUAAUUKAAAGCUGGAAAUCUCCAAUUCCCUCGCAUGCUGUAGGUGAAAAGCACAGUCUAUAAGCAAUGCUUUAAAGCAACACGCUUGCAGCUUGUAGCACUGCUGGCUAAGGAAGGGAGGGCCUGGCCCAAGGGGAGCGAUUCUGUCAYGUUUGCCGAGGCCGCUGCUACCACCCUGCAGUUUCUUGGCAAGAUUGUGCAAGUUACCUGCUGAAAUCCAGAGAGCUCGUUCCAAACGGAUCUUUGCCAAGCCUGCUGCCUUUGGGAAGUUCUGUGGUGCGGCAGUGGACUCUGGCUCAGACUUUUCAGAAGGUCUCAGCCCUGGUUAAAGUAUCAGCAGGGCUCGUUUAAGUGACACUCCCAAUAGAGACUCCCAAACCAAAGCACCCGAGGUAAGUGGCUCUCAAACAUUUGUGCAGUUUUCAAGAUGUGACCGUGCUGCCGUUUGGCCCAUUCCUCCUGCAUCUCUCUAUGCUUUGCAGUUUCCACAGCCCAAGUCUC